UUGGUUGUUCGACUGAGUCUCGUCGUCUGCACUCAUGAACGAGAUAGGGUUUCAUAAGCCACGACCGAUGUAAACCCUGAACAAACAAGACUUCAAGACUCGAUGAGUAUCGUUGGUAGUAACCAUGACCUCGACUACCGCAAUCGCGAUUGGCGUUCUUCUAGCGGUGAUUUUAUACAAAUGUCUCAUUUAUCCGUACUAUCUCUCGCCACUCUCCAACGUCCCCAACGCACACUUCACAUCACCUAUCUCAACUAGGUGGAUAGAAAGGCAGCGCAAUGCGGGAAAAGAGGUCCUUACUCUCUAUGAUCUCCACCAGACACUCGGCCCAGUGGUCCGACUAGGCCCUGACGAACUCAGCGUGAACUCGCUCAGUGGCCUGAAGACAAUUUACACGGGCGCAUUCGAAAAGCACUCCUUCUACAGCGAUGUGUUCGUCAAUUUUCAAACGCCAAACUUGGUGGGAAUGCUGCAUAACACCCCGCACGCUCGUCAAAAGCGUAUGAUCAGUAGGAUCUACUCCAAGUCGUAUCUUCAAGAGUCGCAGGAUCUCCGCGAUAUCUCGAGUAUUGUUCUAUCUCAGCGGCUAUUUCCCAUUUUACGACGCAUAGCAAAGUCUGGAGAGGCGAUCAAUGUGUUGCCUUUGUUUCAAGCCGUGGGGAUGGACUUUACGUCGUCUUACUUGUUUGGCACGCAGAAUAGCACCGAGUACAUCUUCCACCUUCCAGAGUGGCAACAGUGGUUGGACGAGUUUGAGAAGUUCAAGUACUUGAGUGUACAGGAUCGAUAUAUGGGUUUCAUCGAAAAUUGGUGUCUGUCACUUUGUCGCAAGGUCCAGAAUAACGACCAGCCGAAUGACGUGCCCAUCGCCACAAAUGCAGUGGUAUAUAACCAGCUUCGACAGUCCCUCGAGAAAGACCCCGACAACCGACCACUUGAAUUAGCUAUUGCCUCGGAGAUACUUGAUCAUCUUGUGGCAGGCCAUGAAACUAGCGGAAUCACCUUCACGUAUAUGAUGUGGGAGCUCUCUCAACACCCGGAGCUGCAGGCUGAGUUGCGUCGAGAGCUCCUCACGCUGACGCCGAAUUUAAGAUCCUUAUCCAUCUCAGAUGACACAAGGGGGCUCGUAUCUCUCCCGUCUCCGUCGGCCGUUGAUGCUCUCCCUCUACUCGAUGCAGUUCUCCGAGAAACCCUACGGCUACAUUCCCCCGCACCAGCGCCACUACCUCGCGUGACACCAGCAUCUCCGACUGGUGUCUCAAUUGAUGGUUUCCAAAACAUCCCUGCCGGUGUAAAGGUGAGCUCCUCGGCGUAUUCACUACACCGCAUUGAAGAGGUUUACCCUCAAUCCUCGGAUUGGCUCCCGCAACGAUGGCUGGAGGCUGGACCGGACAAGAUCCACAAUAUGCGCAGACUGUUUUGGCCUUUUGGGAGUGGUGGGCGUAUGUGCUUGGGUAGCAAUUUCGCUCUGCAAGAAAUUAAACUAGUGAUGGCGGCGGUUUACACAAACUUUACGACUUCUAUCAUUGAUGACGAGGGCAUCGAGCAGGACCAUGCUUUCAUUUCCUUGCCCAUCGGGCGCAAGCUUAUGUUGAAGUUUACUCCUGUCGAGGAUGCAUAAGUUGGAAGUAUUGGGGGAAACAUCAGAAAUCAUAACGGGUUAAAUGACGAAUACAUGAAUCAAUGAUGUCUUUUCUAUUAUUUUGUAUCCAGCCAAUCGACUACUUCCUACG